AUGGACAGUCCAGAGAUAAAGGGGGGAAAGCCUAAAACGCGUCAAUUCCAGAAAUCUCUUGAUUGGGUGAAGAAUAUUAAUUGGCUGCAAAAAGGAUGUGACCAGGUGUCACCCUUUGGCUGGCCUCCUUCAAUCUCCUUGUUUACCACCAGCAGUCAGGUUGGUCUCUUCAAAAUGCAACCUCGUCACAUCUCACCUGCUCUGAACCCUUCAGUGGUUCCUGCCUACAAGGUCCUGCAGAGGCUGCUUCUGGCUCCUGCUCCAGUGCUGGCCGCAGUACCUCCAGAAGGAAACUGGAUGUUCUCUGAGCAAGGCGACCAGGAGUCUGCCCUACAUGAGCUCCUGAGACCAGGACAGCUGGAGUGGCAGAACACGCACCAUGUCAUCAAUGACCGAAAGGAAGGCUGUGACUUGCCCAAAUCUGUUUAUCUUGCCACCGAAGCCAUUCACUGUGCAAGGCCUGGCUUGGGGCCCUGGGCCAGGUCGUCCUCUGGGAUGUCAACCUUGUCUGCCUGGAUGCCUCCAGUUGAUUCAAAGCAACAGACGGAGAAGUGUUUCAGGAGUGGAGGAGUGGUGGCAGGGGGACAGAGAGCCAGAAGGGGAACAGGCCCCCUUCCUGGGGAGCUGGCCGGACUGAGCUGGCUGGAAAGAGAGGGCGGAGAGCACGGAGUCAGAAGAGCGGCCACUGGCGCAGUUGCAGCCACUGCAGUGUCUGGGCUGAGCCUGAGGGAGGCGGGGGGACGCGCAGGGGCGGCCGCCACUGCUGCCAGGCCUGGGGUGAGAUGCCGAAGCUGCUGGAUCCUCGCUAACUUUGCCGGGCGGAAGAGGAGAAGGAGAAGGGGCUUUGAGAGAGUUGGGGGGGGAUGCCGAGAAGCAGUCAGUUCUCUGCACCCACCACCUAACAGCCCUUCGCGUCCGCCCCGGGGGCGGCGAGCUAGGCGGCAGCGCGGCGCGGGCUCGGUGGAGCGGCCCAUGUCCGGCGCGGGCGAAGCCCUGGCUCCCGGGCCCCAGCGCGGGGCCGAGGCGGGCGGCGGCCGGCUGGGCGCCCCAGCCCAGGAAAAAUGUGAUAAAGAAAAUACUGAGAGAAAUAUAACUCAAGCUGCCGAUAGCUGCUUCGCACAUGGAAUGAUGCAAGACCAGUCCAUUUGGGGAAAUUGUUCAGAUGACGAACUCAUCCGAACCCAACCUCAGCGCCUGCCUCAGCUUCAAGCGUCCCUACAGGAGCCAAGUGAGGAGGAAGGCGGCAAGAUAAAGAACGGCCCCACUAGUCUCAGCAACGGAAAUGGAAUUCACCACCACGGGGCCAAAAACGUAUCUGCGGAUAAUCGAAGACUUUCAGCACCUGUUUCUAACAAAAUGCAUAGAAAAAUUCAGUCCAGCUUGUCCGUCAACAGUGAUAUCAGUAAGAAGAGUAAAGUUAAUGCUGUCUUUUCCCAAAAGACAGGCUCUUCACCUGAAGAUUGCUGUGUCCACUGUAUCCUGGCCUGCUUGUUCUGUGAAUUCCUGACCCUCUGCAAUAUUGUCCUGGGCCAAGCUUCGUGUGGCAUCUGCACCUCAGAAGCCUGCUGCUGUUGCUGUGGAGAUGAAAUGGGAGAUGACUGUAACUGCCCUUGUGACAUGGAUUGUGGCAUCAUGGAUGCCUGUUGUGAAUCAUCAGACUGUUUGGAAAUCUGUAUGGAAUGCUGUGGAAUUUGUUUUCCUUCAUAG